AGAAAAGUGCGCUCUCUAUCAGAACAAAAUGGAAUUCCAACGAUCAUAAGCAGUCAAUCAAAUCAAUGCAUGUCAAGAAGCACGCGCGCAGCUUUUGUAAAAUCGUGUUUGCGAGCUGUCGAAGAUGUCAUCGACGUUGAUCUAAUGCCAAUCGGCAGAUCGUCAACCAUGUCCCUGUGCUUUCGAGCGUUGCCCGGUAGAUUGUCGUCGCUCGUCUGCGGUCGAAAACCUUUAUCAAGGCUCGACCGUCAUCGGCUUCGCGAACACGUCGAGUCGUCUGCCUCUCUAAAACAGUUUUUGAGUACACAGAGAGCAUUAUCAGUAAGAGCAAAUACUGUAGGCAAACCAUCGAUACCUUAUGUGAGUUUUACAUUGCAUCCAAAUUUAUCGCUUGCUUCUCUUGACACUUAUAAUCAAUGGAAUAAGAAACUGAAUAGACGAUAUGUCGAUAACGAGACUAAGAGCGAGACAACAUAUUGGGGCCAGAGCUCACAUAGGCUGCAUAAUAGAUCCCAAAGAGCCAAUGUUGCCCUUUCAAAAAACAGAAAAUAUGUAACUCCUAUAGGAAUCGUAUCGGACAAUAUUACUGUGUUUCAGGGACAAAACAUUAUAGGAAAUGAUAAGAAUAACUCGUUUCUAGAUCAUAAUAUAAUGAUUUCUUCGGAAAACUUACACAAUAGUUGGAAAUCAAAUAUCGACAGGAAUAUUUUAUUAAUUUCUGAUGAUAAGAGUGUUUUAAAGACGAGUCCCCAACUGCCACCAUUGCAAGAUAACAAGGAUAAACCAUCGCAGGAACAACUGCAAUGCAUAGUCGAUUCUCUUAGCCAAGAUUUACCAAACUUGUUUGUAAAACCUCAGAAUUAUACGAUAUAUACUAAGGAUCUAAUUUUUAUUAAUAAUAUUAGAGGAGUGACGACAAGGGGAGUUGUAAAUUAUGCAAAACAAUUGAUAUUGUUAAGAGUCAUUGGUCAUGUAAAGUUUGCGCAUGUCAAGCUUCAAGUUUUAAAGAUUACAAUGCAUAGUGAUGAUGGUACUGUAAAGAUUCGUUGGCGUAUACGAGGUGUCACAGGCUGGAAGGUGUUCACUAUGUUUUGGAAAUAUAAAUUUUGGAAAAUACAAGAUGCUAUAGACACCAAUCACGAAAUAUGGUAUGAUGGCUUCUCUACAUUUUAUAUUAAUGGCAAUGGGAAAGUCUACAAGCAUGUUGCAGAUAAAGUGAUGCCUGAUCAGGACAUACUUGCGAAAAAGAAUGACUUGAGCAUUGCACCGAAAUUAGCACUAUUCAAAAAUCUCGCGAGCAUGUUUGAUAACGCGACGAAAACUUCAUUGAAUUGAAUUCCGUUUCAAAAUUGCAUCAAUUGAAAUGAAUGAUUUGGCAAUAAUUGUCAAGCGUUGAAAUUGAGUAAUUUUAUUCAAAUUGUCACAACGAAUUGUAUUAAGAACUUUUUCUACAAAUUGAGGAUUCUUAGAGUGUAUGACGGUGUAUUCGUUUCCUUGCAAAUGCAUCAUAAACAAUAUCUUGUAUAAUUGUGAACUACCUAUAUUUGUUUUUAGCAGUAGCAAUGUUCAAAUAAUUUUGCCCUAGUAUUUCUGUAUAAAAAGACAUAGAUUAUAUGAUAUAAUAUAACUGAAAAAUGUUGGAGAAUGCAUAUAAAGAAGUUUAACAAAAUUAGUGAAGCACCCUAUUUUGCUGA